AGAGGGAGCAACCGACUCGUGCCGUUUUCCCUCCGUCGCAUCUGCCCAAUUAAAUUCCCUUCUCUUCUCUCUUCUUAUUUCUCUCUCCCGCGACCGUGUAAACCACCUGUCUCCCCCAUUUCUCUCUACAAUCUCUCUUUCUGCGUCUUCAAUCUAGGGUUUAUGUCCUCACUAAUGUCUUACUUUGCAAAACCCUAGUUUUUUUGUUGGUUAUCCAUUAACAGCAAUCUUUUCGUAGUAUUGGUAGUAAAUAGAAUGACAAUGGAUGGAACGAUAAGCAACGGAGGAGGUGGUGGAGGUAGUGGGGAUGCUUCUACUAGCGGCGUUGGCGUUGGUGGACCACAAACGCCUGCCCCAGUGCCAAUUUCAACGCAGGCAAAUGCCCCGCCGCCGUUUCUAAGCAAGACUUACGACAUGGUGGACGAUCCUGCAACGGACGCGAUCGUGUCGUGGAGCCCGACGAACAAUAGCUUCGUGGUUUGGAACCCGCCUGAAUUUGCGCGUGACCUUCUACCCAAGUACUUUAAGCACAAUAACUUCUCCAGCUUCGUCAGGCAACUCAACACCUAUGGUUUCCGGAAAGUUGAUCCAGACCGCUGGGAAUUCGCCAACGAGGGAUUCUUGAGGGGUCAAAAGCACCUGCUUAGGAGUAUAAGUCGACGAAAACCUGCUCAUGGACAUAGUCAUCAACAGACACAACAACCACACGGACAGAGCUCAUCUGUGGGUGCCUGUGUUGAGGUUGGGAAAUUUGGGCUGGAGGAAGAGGUUGAGAGGCUUAAGAGGGACAAGAAUGUCCUUAUGCAAGAACUUGUUAGGUUGAGGCAGCAGCAACAGACUACUGAUAGCCAAUUGCAAACCAUGGUGCAGCGACUUCAAGGAAUGGAGCAGCGGCAGCAACAGAUGAUGUCAUUCCUGGCAAAGGCUAUGCAGAGCCCUGGCUUCUUGGCUCAAUUUGUACAGCAGCAAAAUGAUAGCAACAGGCGCAUAACAGAAGCUAACAAAAAACGGAGGCUCAAGCAAGAUGGUGUUUCUGAGAAUGAGAGUUCCAAUGCCCCCGAUGGCCAGAUUGUGAAAUACCAGCCUUCGAUUAAUGAUGCGGCGAAAGCCAUGUUCAGGCAAAUCAUGAAAAUGGAUGCUUCGUCCAGGAUGGAAUCUUACAGCAAUGGUCUUGAAGGUUUCAUGAUUGGCAGUGGCUCACCAUCAUCCAACGGAAUGGACAGUGGGAGCUCUUCAAGCCGUAUAUCAGGAGUGACUCUUCAAGAGGUCCCUCCAACUUCAGGGCAGUCGACAUAUGUACCAGCAGCAACUUCAGCUUCCGUAUCAGAUAUGAAGUCCAACCCACACAUUGCUGCUAGUUCUGAAAAUUUAACAGCUUCUCAGUUUGCAGAUGUAAAUGCAUUGGUUGGACCACAAGAUGCACCCUCCAUCUCUAUUCAUCAAUCUGAUGUGGACAUGGUGCCAGCACUUCCUCAGAUACCAGAAAUGGUGCCAGAAAGUGUUGUUGAUAUUCCCAGCAAUAGCUAUAUGGAAUCUGAAACUGUCGGUGAUGGAUUUAUGGAUCUCAGUUCACUAGGAAUUGAUAAUAUUUCCCCUGAUCCUGAUAUUGAUAUAUUGCUGGAAAAUUCUAGCUUCUGGGAUGAACUGGUACAAAGUCCAGUCCCAGAGGAUAUCGAAUCAAGCCCCAUUGAUGGUAACACGAAGGGAAAUGAUGUGCAGCCAAUGGAUAAUGGGUGGGAGAACACUCAGCCCAUGGAUCAGCUAACAGAAAAGAUGGGGCUUCUCACGUCAGAUGCUAAAAAGCUUUGAUCUUGUUGGAACACGAAAUGUAUAUUUCUUGCACUCUACCUUGGGUAAACUCUUUAACCCUUGACUCGAAUGGUUUCUUUCGACCAUUGAAAAAUCAGUCAACCAUUUGUACCUGUUACCCAUGUUUUUGUUUUUGCGUAUAUGGUUAUUUCUCAAAAUUUUUACAAUUUAAUUUUUACUAUUCAUAUGAAUGGGAAAUUACUAUUCAAGCCGA